GGCUGGAGAUGGCGGUGCGGCGGCGGCUGCGACAGCUGUUCCAGGACCCGCAGCCCGUCGGGACCAUUGUGCUGGAGCGGGCGACUGUCCCCGCCUCUACCGCCUGGGUCUCCCUGUCGGCGCCUCCGCCGCCGUCGCCGCCGCCGUCGUCUUCCGUGCCGCCGGCCGCGGUGCCGGCGUCACCGCCGCGGCGGCAGGGUCCGCUGCCAGAGGAGUGCGCCGUGUUCCACUGCCGUGGCUGCUGGACAGUGCUGGGGGACUCGCUGCAGCUGUGCGGGCAGGAGCCGCCGGGGCUUAGCGUCCUCAUUUGCUUCAAAGUCACCAGCGAUGUGACCUGGGAAGACUCGCUGUUGGUCGGCCUCGAGGGAGCCCUCCUGGGAUGUGCUUAUUAUUUAUUAUUCUGUCGGUCUUGUGGCUCGGCCGUGGGCUUCAUUCUUUAUUCUUCUGGCAGUGACCUGGCACAUCUCCGAGACUUGUUCUGUUUCUUCAAGGACAGCAUCAUGUGUUACCUCUUAAAAAAUCAAAUUAUUAUAGAAGCUUCUAAGGUGAAUUUUCCAGCUGUGACCUUAAAGGAAAACGUACAGGAAAUGAAAGAAAAGCUUGUGGACUUCAGUAGUCGCCUAGAAUUAGUGACAAGGAAGCUGGAUAAAAUAACAAAAUAAUUAUGUAAAAGAAAGGCAAAAUUCUUCAACAGAUCCACAUGACCUACUAUCAGGAUAUGCAAGAGUUAAUGCUAAUACCCAUUUUCAAGAGCUGCUGGAGCUGUUUCUGCAUCUCUGCUGAGUUUGGUCAUUCCAAAGAAAUAAUGCACCAGAUGAGGUUUGAGUAAUUGAUCUGUCACUUUAUCUGUGUGUGGAAAGAACUGAUGAUGAAGUGCAUCCCUUCAGGAACACCUGAGAAUCUGACAUAUUGAAGACUGUAUAGCUCACCCAUGCAGCACGUUACUCUCUGAUGCUGUGUGAAUGUGACUUUGGUUUUUUCUAAUGACUUCAGGGUGAAAACCAGCCUUUGAAAUACUGAAGUCAGAUUUCUGGAGCUAUGCAAAACAUACUUAACAAGGUGGUGAUAUUCAAGAGCAACCAUUAACAAACUGAACAUUCUUAGAGACCUAAAGUUCUUGUCCUACCUUUUAAUAGACACAUUGUUAAUGGCAGCCUUGGUUUUAAUGGCAGCUAGUUUUUGGUCAAGUGGCUCAUUAGCUACAUCUGAUAUGUGAGCCACUGCUAAAUGGACUCCUGAAUAGUUGUGAGAUUUGCUAAUGUGUGUUGCCUGCAAAAGCAGCAGACGAGCACAUCACAGAUGCUGCAGUGUUCUUAGAGCAUGAGUCUGGAUGGCACCAUGGAGGCAGAACAAGGUUUUGAACUUCAGGUAAAGGGCAACCCACGUGCCUGCCAAGUCUGCUGAAGUGCAGCCUCAGGAACAGGACUGAGUCAAAUUCUGCCAUCUAAGGUUGUCAGCAACUGCCUUGAACAGAUUUAAGCAUUUCUUUCUGGAAUGUUAACUAUGAAACCAAGGAACAUUCUUCUGCACAAUCGUGGAAGCACUGCUUUCCUGAAGUUAUGAUUGGCCUGUUGCCUUCAAUUGGCCAGUCAGGAUGUUUCAUAAAAAAUACCAACUCAUGGCUCAUUGGCAUCUCUCUCUGUUAAAAACUGGUUCUGCUUAUUUCCAAACAUUUAUAAAAUAAUUUUACAGAAAAGAAAGCACUUACCCUUUGUUACUGGGACAGAAUAUUCCUAAUUCUUUUUUUGGGAGAUUAAGGUCCCUUUUCCUCUCCCUUUUGCUGCUAAAGGGCUAAUGUUUUUUCCCUAAAGGGAUAAUGAACUUUAUGGAAAGUUUAGUAGUGGUCUGUAGUAGUCUAGAGAGGAUUUUGUUUACUUGAUCAGCUUAAUUCCAGUGAUGCAAAUUGCUUUCUCCUUCCAUAUAUAUGACCAGCAGGUUGCAGACCUCACUGCUGCUGCUGCCAGUUCUGUUUUGUCUUAUUUGUAAAAUAACUCGUAAUGGGCUUGGAGCAGAGGGGACAAAACUCACUCUAAGGCACCUCAGAGGUUUUAUGUGAGCAACUUGUACUUAGGCUCUUACUAAUGCUCACUGUGCUGCUUUCUGUUGGGGAGUUCUGUAUGGUCUCAGUUCAUUGUUGUAAGCAAAACCACAGAGUAUCAACAGUCGUUCUGCAAGGAGAGGAGGGACUCUCACAAAUUUUAAUACCACCUUUGUAGUACUUCCUUAGUGCUUGUGUUGUUGUUGCAUGAGUUUAAGAAAUGUGAUUGAUAAGAAAUGUGAUUGAUAUGUGCUUUUUGCCCUUUCAUUCCAGUUUCUGCACUGUUUCUUGCUAUUUUAUGUCUAUACUAUGAAUAAUGCUAAACUGUUUUGCUUCAUUAGUGCUGAUCCCUAAAAGAAAAAGAAAGCUGUUAGUUACAUAUUUGCAUUAUAUUUAAAGUUGUGAAGAAGAAACUUCUUAAAUAAAAGCUGAAACUCAGAAAUUGAUAUAGUCCAAAUCACUGCCAAUAUUAUGUGAGUCCUUGGCCUACUUCUUUACCUUUGAUUAUUUUGCAGGAAAAAACCCAUCUUUUAUCUU